UGUUUCUCUAGCAACCAAGGUGUUCUGGAUCAAAUUUGAUGGAUGGAAGAUUGUUUUGACAAACAAUUGUUCAAUUGAUGUAGUAAUACCACCCGUUGUUGUUCUUCAAACCGCUAAUAGUAUAUGCCACCGAAGUUGAGGGGACGAAGAUUAGAAAACCGCAAUCUCUUCUUUAUCUAGCGCUGGUAUUAAACAUGAUUUAGCCAUCUGCGACGUGCACACUAUUAGUUGUAUUCCACCUCUUUCUGCCAAUUAUGCUAGCUGAGGUUUGUAUUUGUUAACCGGUAGAUGGUAUGGAUGCUUUUGCUGUGAAGCAGGCAUGCAAAUUUGCAAAAGAGCAUGUUCUGCAGAAGGGACCCAUUAUUCUUGAAAUGGACACUUACAGGUACCAUGGGCACUCCAUGUCGGAUCCAGGCAGCACAUACAGAAGCAGAGAUGAGAUUAGUGGUGUGAGACAGGAGCGUGAUCCAGUAGAAAGAAUAAGGAAGUUGGUGCUCGCUCAUUACCUAACAACUGAUAAGUGUUGUGCAAGUCCUUGGACUCGGAUUGGAUUUACAUAUAGAUUUUCAAUAUGUUAAUGUGCUUUGUAACUAUGCAUUGGAAGGCUCCUGUUCUUGCAUAAAAAGGCGCAUGUGUGAAAUUGUAAUAGCUAUUUUUUCUUCAAUAUUUAGUGGCAUGUAAGCAUCUUGUUCUUAUUACUUAACGGUUGUACAUCUUAUCUCCCGCUUUCCCAACCAUCCUUAUUUAUUUUUUCCUUCUCUGUUACAGCGGGACGAAUCAAAUGGGCUGAAACCAUUAAUUGUAUCAAUUGUAACUUGGACAGAAGUUAUACAA